UCCUGCGUUCCCUCGUUUUUUGCUGCAUCGUCCACAUUUGUUCAGGUCUUUUGCUCUCUGCAUGACACCAAAGCCAGACAGUCUUCUUCUCAAACAUCAAAAUCCUUCUCUUUUCUUGAAAGGCUCUCACUUUCUCGCACUUUCUUGGCCCCUUGUGUUGUCGGUUGACAUUCCUGGGAAAGAAAAAUGAGGUGGGAGAGAGUCCUGUUGCCGCAAGCCCAGGAAACAGAGAAGGGCAGAGAAGAGUCGGGUGGCUCCAGAAAGAGGUGGGGCCACACUUGCAAUGCCGUCAAAGGAGGGAUGUUUCUCUACGUGUUCGGUGGCUUUGGGAAAGACGUGUGCCAGACCAACCAAGUUGACGUCUUUGACACUGUGGAGCAAACAUGGAGCCAGCCCACAAUAAAAGGCACGCCACCUGCUCCAAGGGACGGCCAUAGCUGUACUAAUGUGGGUGACAAUUUGUUUGUGUUUGGUGGGACGGAUGGGAUGAACCCUCUCGGGGAUUUGCAUAUUCUAGACACUUCUUCUCAUACAUGGAUAUCACGAAUUACAAGGGGAGAGGCACCGGAGGCAAGGCAGGGUCAUAGUGCAGCCCUUGUGGGUAAAAGGCUGUUCAUAUUUGGUGGGUAUGGAAAGUCUCCUGAUGAAGAUGAUGAAGUAUAUCAUAAUGAUCUCUUCAUAUUGAACACAGAGACAUUUGUAUGGAAAAAGGCGAUGACAACUGGUAUCCCACCUUCACCACGUCUUACCCAUAGCUGCUCAACUUGGAAGAACAAAAUGAUUGUGAUUGGGGGUCAAGAUGAGCGUGAUUACUAUUUAUCCGAUGUCCAUAUUCUUGAUGCAGAUACCCUGAUGUGGAAGGAACUGAAUACCACCGGCGACAUGCUACCCCCCCGUGGUGGACGUUUGACUGUUACUUUUGGGAAGAUUCUGUUUGUUUAUGGGGGAUACACAGAGGCCCAAAGGCUAUAUGAUGACCUGUAUAUGCUUGAUGUUGAAUCUGCGAUAUGGUCCAAGGUGACUACUGCAGGUGCUGGACCUUCUGCCAGAUUUUCCAUGGCUGGGGUCUGUCUGGAUCCAGUAAGGAGUGGGGUUCUUGCCUUUGUGGGUGGUUGCAGUAGAAGUCUCGAGGCUCUUGACCAUAUUUAUUACUUGCACACAGGACUCACUAGGGAACACAAGCGAAGACUAGCAAAGCUACCCUUGAGGAAGAAAUUGAAGCCGAAGUGCCAAGAACAAAAUUUGACUCUAGGACAUGAUAAAGCUUUGGUGCAAGUUGGUGUAUCCACAAGCUCAUAUCAACCUGUGUCGCUAUUGAUCUCUGGUCAACCAGGUUCUCAUAGUUAUCCGUUCACACAAUCAGAAGCCGUCCGAGGCAAAUCAAUAUUUCAGGCGAGAGUGACGGAGAAUUUUGGAAAGCAAUACACUAUUGAAACUUGUAUAGACGGAAAACCUCUCUGUGGAAUUUUAUUUUCCAAUGAGCCAAGCGCGCUUCCUAUACCUUUUUCAAGCACCAGCAGGAAAAGAACCUAUGGAAAUUCAAGUGCUGUUAUAAAAAAUGGUUAUUAUAACUAUGGGUCAAAGGCUUCUAGAAGUAUCCGGCCGGACUCCAUUGAUGAUGGACAUGAUAUGCAAGGAAAAGAGGCCUCUUCCCAGGAGCCCCAUGCAGAACCUGCUGGUCAAGAUACUGUUUUGGAUGUUUCACAACCUUUUGAUGACUCUGACCUGGACAAGGUUCCCACAAUGAAAAAUAAUCACUGUAGGCUUCUAUGAAUACCAAAGAUGAUUAGAUGGAUGAAGCUCCAGAUCUAAAUGUGGAAGUUCCAAAAGAGUGUAUCUCCAUCAACCAAGGACUUUGACGUGAUCUCACAAAACAAGAAUCAUAUGUGUUGUUUAUGAUAUGUUGCUCUUAUCCAGCUUCCAGUUUCUAUAGCCCAUCAAAGCAUGUUUUGAUCUCACACCUGUGCUUGUGAAAUAUUAGUUUCUAGGAACAAAUUACUCACAGGCCAUAGAAAUUUUGUUCAGCAAAAACAUCUAUGUACAAGCUUAUACAUAAUAUAUGUACGAUGGCUGUGAUAUUGAGUACAAAA